UUCAGCUUAAUAUCCAAAGUCCAUACUAGUCUACUCUUUUUUCAGCAUAAACUCUUGCUUUGCUUUCUCCAUCCUGUACUAGGUUUAGUUUUAUGCUUGAGCCAAUGGGCCAGGAAAUUGAUUUUCCACCCUUAUAUCUCCAAGGCCUUACUCUACAGGAACAUAAGUUGAACUGAGGUAUUUGAGAUUUUACUGCUCUUGAUUAAUUUUCCUAGAUGAGAUGCCUACUCUAUCAGCUAUUUUGUUCCCCCCUCCUCUUUUGCUUGAGUUUGAGCUUCACAGGGACGUAGUCUUACAAUUCUAGUUUGACCUUCUUCUUUGACUAAACUCGCAGGUCAGGCUUCAUUCUUCGGGUCUCUCUGGUUUGUUAGUCGUGUCAAUAGUGGUUGGGCGUGAUAAAAACCGAGUGGGAAAUUACGGGGGAUGAAAACAAUAAAAAGUAUGGAGAAUAAAAUAUUUGCAUUCAUUUGAGUUGAAAAUAAAAUAAAAAAGGUAAAAGAUGAGUAAGGUUAAUGAGGAACCUUAAAAGAAAGAAAAAGAAUGAGUAGCCCUUCAGAUCAAGCAGAGGAAAAGGUCUACCUGACUGUCUGUUGAAAAGUUUGCUCAAAUAUCCAAAUGAGAUGUGGGGUGGAAAUGGACGAGGGAGAGGGUGUAAGCGAACAUUCACUCAGAUCAAAUCUGAGAAGUAAUUCUGGGAUAAUGGAGACUUGUGAUGUAACAAAGCCAGACUGCUGGCUUUCCUGAUGGUUAUUGCGGAAGGAAUAAGCAGAUGCUUGCUGCUUAUGGUGAGAGGUCUCCGAUCUCUAUAUUUUCACCUCGAUUGGGAUGGAUAGGGGUCUUCUAUUUCUUUCUGCUUGUUUCUCUCCUUUCACAGUUAGAAACUAAUACAAGUUAUUUGUGUACUACUAUCAUGGUUUAUGGAUGAUUGCUGAGAAAAUGAUUUUAAGCAAUUAGCUUUGGGCCAGGUGGUAAGGCUGAUGUUUUUCAUUGUUACAUGAUCUUUCUGCUGGCAUGUGCUUCCAUGCAACCAGUUUUUGAUUGUUUUCAGAUGCUUGUGCUUUAAAGAAAGCUUUAUGUCUGAGUGAGACAUGAAGGCUCAUUGGCCUCAUCUGCAUAGUAGCACUGUCUCAAGAUACUUUUUCCCCCCUUCUGUCUUGGGUGUGUGAUUGAUGCCUGGAAUGUCGUUCUUGCAAGUUGCAAUGGUCUCUGGUUCUUUGUUUGUAUCUUAUGGUGUUUCUAUGAUGACUUAAAUGCUGAUAGACUGUCGAUAUUUGUCUUCUCUGUUCCUAGCUAUUACUAAGCAGGUAUGUUUUUGUUACAUCUAUUGCAGGUGGACUACUCGUGUACACCGGAGGAAGUACAGCAGCAUUUCCAGUCUUGUGGAACAGUAAAUAGGGUCACUAUUCGCACUGAUAAGUAUGGGCAACCAAAGGGUUAUGCUUAUGUGGAAUUCCUCGAGACUGAAGCUGUUCAAGAGGCGCUUCAAUUAAAUGAAUCUGAGCUGCAUGGCCGACAAUUGAAGGUGACUGCAAAGCGGACUAAUGUACCUGGGAUGAAACAGUUCCGUCCUCGUCGAGCCAAUCCAUAUGCUGGAUUUCCACCGAGGGGUGCAUUUGUAGCUCCCUAUUUUUACCCUGCUUAUGGCUAUGGGAAGAUUCCAAGGUUCAGAAUGCCAGCACGUUACAGCCCUUACAACUGAGAUGCUGUCAGGGCCGAGGCAGCAAAUUGGUAGCAGUCAGUCGCUUCUGCAGCGAAUAUAAUGAUCAUUUGCUCAAGCUUUUUAUUAAGAUGGAUGGUGAUGAAUUUACAAAGUUGAGUGGAAGAUCGUGAGCCCUUAGGAGAUGCAUUGUGAUGGGAUCGUUUUGCGGUUUAAGAACUGUUUUAUUUCGGGGAUGACCUGGCGAGCCUUAUUAUCUGGUAAUAUUCUUUCGUUUCGUAAUUUUCCGUUUGAAAAGGAGAAAAAAAGCCCUGUUAUCUUGUACUGCAAGCUUUCUUUUCUGGUUUGGUGGUGAGCAAUGCAACCAAAAUUACGAUUCUAUGUAGAAAUGUUGGUGCUCUAUAAGUGUAAAAACGUAAGCUUUAAAGUCUAGAUUUUAACUACAAUUAUAAGUAAAAACCAUAAUAUUAC